GAAAUGGACUAAACGAUCUUGGACAGUGGAAUCUUCAAAUUCUCCUAACGAGUAUUUUUAAAGUUAUUUUACUCACCAUGAUAUUUGGAGGUUAUGGAUUUGCUAAUGUAGAAGGUUUUACGUGUCCGAUCUUGAAUAUUUACUGUAUUUAUUUGUAUUCUUUAAUACUUAUAGUCCUAUUAAAGUGAAUGAACACUAGAAUGUCUUAGUGAAAUAUGAGAAUCAUACAUUGAAUACUUCAUUUUCACAUCUUCCAUCAGUUGUCUCUUACAAAGUACAUCAUUUUUUUAUUCAUGUUGUUAUUACACUUACUCUCUGUUUAUACUUUUGUUCUUUUCAAUCCAAUCUCCUGAACUUACUCCUACCAGGAAUUCCACUUCUAAUCGAUCUUAUAUACUACUUAUAUCAUUUGACUUAAGUAGUAUACACUACAUGAUACCAUAUAUGUUCAGAUUAAGUUUUGGUUUAUAGAUAAUUUAAUGUCAAGUCAUAUAUCAUUCAUCAAUUAACUUUAAUAAUGAAGUAAAAACAAACAACUAUAUUUCCCGGUUAGUUGAAAAAUAAAAAAGGGACAAUAUCUGUACUGGAUAAAAGUAUUCAGAGAGAUUUUAUUUCACACUUAUAUAAACUUACAGAGAAGUAAUACUGAAAAAAUUCUAUAUUUUAAUAGUUGAGAUCACGAGUCGAUUGAAGCUAGACUAUCAUCGAAAACCUGGAAGCAUUAGACGGCCGUUUCAUCCUAGCAUGGGACUGUUCAUAGACGACCCCGCCUCACGAGAUUUCCGACCCCACGCGAGCACUUAAGCUCUAGACCAUUGAGCAGGCCAGUGUUAAUGUCUAACCUCGAAUAAUCCACAAAACAACCGUCCAGUUCUUUCAGGUUAUCCGUGGUAGUCUAGCCUCAAUGGACUCAUAAAUUCAACUAUUAAAUUCUUAAAUAAUUAAUUGAAUGAUUAGAAAAUCAAUUUCAAUUACCCAAAUCCACUAAUCAUUGAUAUACCUAUGAAUAUAGUAAUAUACUCCAAGUUCCGACUCAGCUAUGAGAAUCGUAAAUUUCAAACAUACUUGGUUUAUAUACGAGCCAAACAGACCACAUUACACCAUAAAAUAGGCAAUCCGUAUAGAAUAGAAUAUAUAUAUAUAUCAAUAAGAGACUGAUCAAUUGCAGCUAUUUACACUGUUGGAUGUCGUCUCAAUGGUCUAAAGUUUAAACGUUGAUGCGCAAAACCUAAGGUCCUGUUUUCGAGUGUUGUGUGUGGGAUUGUGUAAGUGUACUGCUAAAGAGUUGCAUACUAGAAAGAAACAACUAUCCAGUGCUUCCAGGUUUUCAAUGGUAUUCUAACAUUGAUCCGUUCAUGAUCUCAAUUAAAAGCUCAAUAAUCUCUACAAUAUUAUACUGAUAAAAUAUUGCAAUGAAUGACUUGUAUAAUAAAUAAAGAUAAGUAAAGAUCUAGAAGAACAUUUAAAUGUAUUCCUUUCAUAAUUUUAUUUUAACUGUAUCAAAUGUAUCUUUGAUAGUUGAAAAGUAAUGUACAAAUACUUAACAAUACUGAAGAAGUAUGACCAGUUAAAUUUGUAAUUAAUACAAAAGAUCAUUCUGACAAUCUAUAGUGAAGGAGAACACAGGUGAGGACAACCGAAUCGCAUUCAUCCCAAAAUUACAGAGUUACUUGGUAAAAUAGAAAAACCAUAUAGCAAAUGGUUAAUCUUCAAAAUAUCAAUUCAUCAUAUCAACCUGGACUGUUCCUGUUGCGAAUAUCAAUCCAUUGUCUUACAUUUCAUUGUUCAUGCGUUUUCUUACAAACUGCAUUGUGUUCCCGCUCUUCCUUUCUUGAUCUUCCCCCAUCUUUUACUGCCAGACAUUACGUCUUUAACUCGCGCCACAUACUACUUACAUCAAUAUAAGUAGAACACACCACAAAUCUAGUAAGAUUUACCUUCUUAUACACAUAACCUCCGAAUUCAACAAUACACUACUCACAAUUGAUUGAUCACUGGGUGGUGAUCCAUGUCAUGCGUGUCUAGUCCUUAUUAGUCCAGAUCGAAUGCUAUCGAUCAUGUUGCAAUGUGGCCACCAGUCUAGGUGACUCGACCUCCAACCACCAUCUAAAUCUCAAUACACUACACAUAUUACCUAAAUUAUGAUGAGAUUGUAAAUAAAUAAACACAAGAUCAUUUAUCUUUUUCCUAAAAAAAACAAACAAGUAAUUCCCAAUUUUACAACUUUAGUUCUACACAUAGUGUAUAACUAAUUAUAAGAACAUGAAAAUCCACUUUCUAUUCCAUUUAUAAAAACAAUUCUUAUUUCCCUAUACAAAUAUACACAAGCAUGGAGAGAGAGAGAGAGGAAUUCAUUUCCUUCGGAUCUAAUAUAAUAUAUCACUAUGGUAAUAUUGUUAGUGGUAGUAGUAGUAGUAGUAGUAGUAGUAGUACAAUUAAUUUCCUUUGUUUUAUUCUUAUACAAUAGAGUCAGAUAAUAUUUAAAUAAGGAUAUAUACAUCAUUUUCUAUUAAACAAUCAUAUAAAUCACUAAGAUUAAGCAACAGAAAGGGGUUUGAUUAAAACUGUGUUUUUUUUAAAAAAAAGAAUGAUCAGAUUGUUACAAUAAUUACUAUUGUUCUGUUACUAUAGAAACAAAGUUAUUAUUAUUAUUAUUACUAUUAUUAUGGGCCGUAUCUACUUUGAUCAUUGUAUGUUACUGUACUGUAUUAAAAUUACAAAUAAUAAUUACAAUUCAGGUAGAUAUGCAGAUAGAUAAAUAGUUAAGAAAACAAUAAAGAAAACCUUAAUACACUUUACUAAUUUGACGGGUAGAAUCAUAUUUCAACUUUUUCAUUCAAAUAUACUACUUUAUUCAUUUAUUUUAAUUGAUACACUAUAUUAUUAUUAGUUGUGAAGAUAGAAGUCAAGAUAAGGAUUGAUUUCAGCACCAUAAUUGUUUUGUGAAUAGUUGUUCAUUAACUGUUAUUACUAUUAUUAUUAUUGUCUUAAUAGUUCAAUUCAUGAGUUGAUCUAAACUAGAUCACCGUUGAUUACCUGGAGGUAUUGGAUGGCCGUAUAGGACCCCUCAGCAAAGCGCAUCCAAGUUUAUGAAACAAAAGGACUUGAACCCAGAAUACCUGGUUUCGCUCACAGACGCUUAACCUCUAAACCAAUGAAUCGGUAUCCAACAGUGUUUUCAGUCGUGGUCUAGCUUAAGUCGACUCAUGAAUUCAAUCAUUAGAAUUACUACAAUCUCCACAAAACCUCAUUCUGAAUAAUAUUGUUAUGCUCACUAGUGACUGGCUUCAAGAUGUAUAUCCUGAAGUUCUAGUGAGAAGCAGUGACCAGUGGAGUUCAAAUAGGUCCAUUGUGCGAUAGUAACUCACUGAUGACAAUGGUGGACUGUGGCGUGAUUUCGUGGAUUGGCUGAAGUUAGACAUUAACGCCGUUGGAUGCUGGCCGACUCAGUAGUCUAAUGGUUAAGCGCUCACGCACAAAACUGAUAGACCUGCGUUCGGAUCACGCUAGGCGGGGUUGUGGAUGCGAGCUGCUGAGGAUUCCCAUACUAGGACGAAACGGCUGUCAGUGCUUCCUCGUUUUCCAUGACGAUCUAGAUUCAAUUGACUCAUAAUCUCAAAUAUUAAUAUUAUUGUUAUUAUUAGUUAGUUUACGUCGUUUAGUUACGACAUUUUAUUUGAAUUGUUUAUAAGAAGUUAAUAACCAGUAGACAGUUUAAUAAUAAAAUGAUGCAUUCUACUCAGAACUAUUCGACUUCAUUCACCAAUUUCACUUUAGUUAAUUUCGAUUCAGUGAGUUGACUGGCAUCAUUAGACCAUAUACACAUAAAAUGUGGAUAGAAGCUGAGUGCAUAUAACUGUACUCAACAAAUGUGUCAUAUUAAAUAUUCAAACCACUUUAAUUGGGUUGAUAUUUGAACUAUGGCAUUUGUUUCGUAAUCUUUUACAUUACUGAUGGAAAAACGUUCACGUCAGUCUGGGGAGGUUUGUAGAGGUUGUUGAAUUUCGUAAACGAUGAAGUUCAAAAUUGUCGUUUUUCGCAUAAUUAAAAUUACUGAUGAUAAGGUGUCUAGAACCAUGCGGUUUAAAUGAACGAAUUAUAAGCUGGGUAAAUAGAUGGGUAUAAAGUAGCAACCAAUUUAUGGUAGAAACCUUGAAUUACACCAAGUAACCCAACAGACAAUACUUGUAACUGAAAUGUAUGAUCUCAUAUCACUGAAGCUGAUUAGCUUCAAGUUAUUAAGAUUUUAAAAAAGAUGAGCACAUUCUUAAGAAGGGAUAAUGAGAGAUCCUUUUUUAAUUACCACCGUAUAUAUCUUGCUGAUUACAUUUUUUGAUUUUUUUUUUUCUAAAGGAAUCGAAUUAAUACACUUGUGUCAAGACCGAAGUUCAAGCAUUCUUAUUCUUAUGCUUUGUUUAUUGUAAUCCAUUUUGAAACUGUUUCUAUAGAAUUAUAUUCCCUUAUUGUUUAUCUGUUUUACAUAUGAUCUUUCCUUGAUUCUUAGAAUGAAUCGAAAGUCAAACUAAAUAGAUUGAUGAAGGAAUUCACUUUUGAACUGAGUUACUUUAACUUGAGUACUGGGUAAGUUGUUUCAGAAAAUACUAUAAGAAAUGCAGUGGCUAAAAAGUACGAAAGUAAGAAGAGAUGACUUAUGUUUAACUCCUAAAUUAUAUCUUGAACACGGUAUCCAUUUACAGAGAACUACAAAUUCUGAUUUUAAGUAGGUAUAGUUUCCUAUCUGUAUCGGGAUAGAAAAUGAUAGGUAUAUAGUUAUGCUACUGAAAUACAAAAAAGUAGGCAAAGAAAUAAAUAACAAAAAGGUAAGACCAUUUCAAAUGACAUUCGACUAUAGACUGAUUAACAGAAUCUAUGAAUUAUAUAUUCAUAUAUUUUUUCAUAUAAUAUCUAAAUAUAUAAUUUUUCUCAAAUUAAAACAUAUACAACAGGUUUCUCUAGCUCGACCCAGUUGUGAAUCAAUUAAAGGUGCAAAUUUGUACAUUUGUGGUCUACCAAAAUUUAUGACCGAAUCUGAUUUGGAAAAAUUAUUUCAUCCAUGUGGAAAAAUUAUCACUUCAAGAAUUCUUUUCGACAAUAAUACUGGUCAAUCUAAAGGUGUUGGAUUUAUACGUUUUGAUCAACGUCAUGAAGCUGAAUUAGCUAUACAACAAUUUAAUGGUUAUCGUGUUGGAUCAAUGGCAGAUAGUCCAUUAAUUGUGAAAUUUGCUAAUAUUCCUACAUCAAAUAAAAAUGGUUUAACUAAUUCUGUUAAUCCUAUGAUUAUGACAACAACAUCAACACCUACACAUAAUAGUAAUAAUGGAAAUAUGGAUUAUCAAAAUCAAACUAUGACAACUUUAUCCUCUUUAAUAAAUUUAAAUAAAUUAGCUAUGAAAGCUAAUGAAUUACAAUCAAUGAUUACCCCGGAAAUUUUAAAUAAUGAUUCAACUUAUGAUAUAUUUAAUAAUUCAACUACACCACAAUUAAUAACAGAUUCAAGUAGUGGAAAACAUACACGAAGAAUAGGUGGACCUAUCCAUCCAACUGCUGUACACAAACUACGAUUUAAUCCAUUAGAUGGUUGUGCUAUACCGGUACGUAUUAAUCCAUUCGAUAGUAUAAAUCAUACUUCAAUAAAUAAUUUAACGUCAUCUCCAGCUUCAGCUAAUGGAUUACGUUUAAUGGGAAAAAAUGCUAAUGCUAAUAAUAAUAAUAUUAAUGCUGCAAUCUCUUUAGCUGCAGCAUUAGCAGCAGUUAGAACAACAACAACAGCAAAUAAUAAUAGUAAUAAUCAACCAGAUCCUUUACAAACACAAUUAUUAUCACAAUUAAAUGGAAUUCCACAACAACUACCAGGAGUUAUAGGUUUUACAUUACCAUGGUUGGGAACUAAUAUAGAAACAAAUUUAAAUCAAUUAACCAAUAAUAUAUAUCAAACGAAUAACUCACUUGGUGAUUAUUUUCCACAAUCAAAUAAUGUUUUAUCAAAUAUUUCAUUGAAUACAAUUCCUUUAUUAACUUGUCCAGAAUAUUAUAAUACACAAAUCGGAUUAAAUAAUAAUAAUAAUACUAGUCAAACAACUAUGAAUUUAAAUGUAGCUAAGCAACAAAAUCUUAAUUUGAUUAAUAGCUUCCAUAAUCAUAAUAAUAACCAUGUUAAUUCAGCAAAAUCAUCUAUUCCAAUCGUAGACUCAUUAUUUUUUAAUCCAUUCACAUCAAAUUUAGAUAUUCAUUCAGCUACAACUAAACUUUUACAUGAUAUUUCAACUCAUGCAGUAAUUACAGGUAAUGUGAAUGGUACUACACCACUAACACCAACACCACCACCACCACUACCACCGACGACGACAACAACAACAAUGGUAACAACGGUAACACCAACUAAUGACUUAUUUUCAACAAAUCAUUAUCCUCCUAAUUCUAUAUCAUCAUCAUCAACAACAACAGCAACAAUAUUAAAAAUUGAAGGUUUAGCACCUGGAACAGAUGAAUCAAUUAUAUUAAGAUUAUUUUCUGCAUUUCCAAGUGUACUAUCUGUACAAUUAUUACCUAAUAAAGAGUUAAAUAUAAAUGGUGAAAAUAAUAAUACUUUAAUAAUGAAUAAUAUUAAUGAUAAACAAGAUAUGAAAGCAUUAGUAAUUAUGUCAGAUCAUGAACAAGCAAAGUUAGCAAUGCAUUACUUAAAUGGAUGUACAUUACAAAAUCGAAUAUUGAAAGUUUCAAGAAAUGAAAGUAUAAAUCAAACAACUAAUUAUAAUUUUAGUGAAUAUCUACAGCCAACUAAUACCAUUUUAUUAUAAACAAGUUUAUUAACUCCGAAAAAGAAAAGAAAGAAAUUGAUCAAUCAAACUAACUGAUCCAAUAUAUCUACAUACAUGAAUAAGAUCAUUGUAUUAUUCAUAAAUGUUUCAAAUGCAUAUGACUGUAUUACAAAAGUUCUUUUACAAGAUCCUAUCAGCAUCUUGAAUAUUCGAAAAAAAAGAAAACCCUGACCUAGAAAAGGAUAUUUACAAAUAAAUAUUUGAAUAAUAUUCAUUUGAUAAGAUUUUGUACAAAAUUGCUUUUAAAAAUAUAAAUAUAAUCUUUGAACUAGUAA